AUGUUAUUAGUGCCAAUCAAAGUCUGGGGUGUUUCUCGGGUGGUAAUUAUGGGGCUGGCUGGACUGUCGGCUUGGGCUGUGCCCCAUCAUGAUUUUUCAGAUCGGUUGUUGGGUGAUUCAGGCUGGGGGUCGUUUUUGUUGCGCUGGGAUGGAGUGUACUUUUGGGAGAUAGCUAAACAUGGGUAUAUCGGAGAACGGGCGACGGCUUUCUUUCCUUUACUGCCUUGGUUAAUGCAGGCGGUGCAUUGGGCGACUGGUUGGGAGUUAAGUACCUGCGGGGUAGUGGUGAGUAAUGUGAGUGGAUGGCUGGCAGCUGAAGCUUUGUUUCGAUUGAGUUGGCGGUACUUUGGGGCGGAGAAAGCGAAGAUGGCUUUGUGGUUGUUUGCUUUUAAUCCAUGUUCGGUUCUUUACUCGGCGUUGUAUACUGAGGCCUUAUUUGCAGCACUAUGUCUUUGGGGCAUACUGGGUAUACUGAGUAAUGAGUACGGCUGGGGGAGUUUAGGACUGAUGGGAGCGGCUGCUACCCGAUCGAAUGGAUUUUUACUGGGACCUUUAGUCCUACUGAACUGCUGGUUAAAGGCGGCCUGGAUGAAAGGGAUAGGACUGGCUGUAAGUAUUGGGUUAGUAUUUGGAGGCAUUCAGGGGUACUGGUGGUGGGCACGGUUUAAGAGUAUUGGCUGGACUUUGCCCUAUUCUUAUAUUCAGGAUAGGCAUUGGGACCAGGGGUUCUUGCGGUUUUAUCGGGAUACGAAGAACAUUCCGAACCUAAUAGUUGGGCUGCCUUUUGUUAUGCUUUCAUCCUUGGUUCUAGGCUUAGGCGUCCGGCGGGAGGUCAAAGAGAUACAGAAGGCUAAGAAGAAGGAGGGAUUGAAGUGGCGGUUUUACUUGACUCCAUUUAAAGCCACCACUCUGUUCUUGUAUGCUUUGUUGUUAUUCCAGAUACUUUUAUCCAUCUUCUUUAUUCAUAUGAACAUGCACUUUCGCUUUGUAUCUUUCAAUCCGGUGAUUUAUUGGGAGUUAGCUGAUCUUUUCUUAAGUGGCUCUGUUUUAGGCCAAUUGCUUAUUCUCGGGUAUGUUCUCUUUGGUUUCGCCUAUGCCGUGUUGUAUGGAGCCUACUUCCCACCAGCCUAG